AUGGGCAAGGAAAAUCAGACAUGGGUGAGUGAAUUCUUGUUGCUGGGGUUGUCAAGUGACUGGGGGACUCAGGUCUCCUUGUUUGUACUGUUCCUGGCCAUGUACUUGCUGACUGUCCUGGGGAACGUACUCAUCAUCCUCCUCAUCACGCUGGACAGCAAGCUCCAUACACCCAUGUACUUCUUCCUCAGCAUCCUGUCAUUUGUCGACAUCUGCUACACCAACAGCACUGUCCCCCAGAUGCUCGUCCACUUUCUGUCAGCCAGGAAGUCCAUCCCGUUUCACAGUUGUGUGAUGCAGCUGUAUAUCUCUCUAGCAAUGGGCAGCACAGAGUUCUUCCUGCUAGGUGCCAUGGCCUAUGACCGCUACGUGGCAGUGUGCUACCCUCUGCACUACAUGGUCAUCAUGCAUGGAGGGCUGUGCCUGGGGCUGGCUUCUGCCUGUCUGAGUGCUGGUCUCACAAAUUCACUAAUGCAGACACUCAUGAUCUUCCACUUACCCUUCUGUCGUAAGGUCAUCAAUCAUUUCGCCUGUGAGAUGUUGGCUGUGCUGAGGCUGAGUUGUGUGGACAUCUCCCUCAACAAGGUCAUGGUAGCCAUCUCAGGAUUUCUGGUGAUCAUGCUUCCUUGUAUUCUGGUGCUGUUUUCCUAUGCUCACAUUGUUGCUGCCAUUCUACGCAUUCGCUCUUCCCAAGGACGACGCAAAGCCUUUGGGACCUGUGCCUCCCAUCUCACAGUGGUUUCUAUGUGUUUUGGAACAGCCAUCUUUACAUACAUGAGGCCUGUGGGCAGAUCCUCAGCAGGACAGGAGAAGAUGGUUGCUCUCUUCUAUGCUGUUGUGACUCCAAUGCUCAAUCCACUCAUCUACAGCUUGAGGAACAAUGAUGUGAUUGGGGCUUUGAAAAGAACUUUGGAGAAACUUAAGGAAAAAAAUAGACAAAAAUAA